CCUCACCAUUCUCUUCCUGCUUGUCAUUGCUCGACUCCUUCCCCUAUUCUUCCCCAAAAGCCAUUUGUACCUGCUUCCUACUCUCGUGCCUCAUCUAUCGCGCCAAUGGUGCAGCUGCAGCUGCAGCAGUGACCAAGAAGCCUAGCCAGUGUUAUCAGCCUGCUCUUUCAUCACCUCUUCUCCUUCUCAAACCUUCCCCCGCUCCUUUCAAGUCACCAUCUCUCGUUACCAACCACGCUGCAGCGACAGCACUUUCACUUUUCACUUCAUUGUGCUGCGUUCUGAGCGUCUGCGUUCCACAGCGGCGGCCAUGGCCUCCGCCAACAUUCCCCUCCAUUGCAGCAUCUGCCCCAAACGUCCAAACUUUAGCGAUGUAUCCCAUCUGCUCACCCAUAUUGCCAGCAAGGGCCACCUCUCCAACUACUACAAAGUCAAGGUUCGUUCCGGCAACGAUGAUGCGGCACGCCGUCUGGUCGAAUCUUACGACCGUUGGUAUUCCGAGUGGAACGUUGAGGAUCUGAUGUCGGAGCGGAUGACACAGAAGGACAAACGCCGCUCGCGUGCGAGACCGGUUGCUCGUCAAACGCCCACGCCGAAAAUCGAAGCUCCGAUUCCCCGCCUUGCUCGUCCUCGCACUGCCGUCGGCAAUCUGCUCGACCCUCGCUUGUCCGAGCAGCAAUUGAUCAAACUUGAGAGCGCCGUUUCGUCUACGCCGACUCCCCAACCGGGACCUGUCUUGCGGCAGCGACCGCCUCGCCUCUUCGGUGCUCAUAUGCAGUAUUGGACAGGCACUGAUUCACGUGCUAGCUCCCGUAGCUAUACGAACGACUACGACACCUCCAGCGAAUACUCGGACCCUAGCGAGCGCCGUCGGUACCAGAGCGUAACCCGUGAGGACUCGUGCGCCAUUGAAGACGACCCUACCGACGCAGGCUCAGCGGACCCCAUGGCGGUUAGCGAGAGCACCAAGCUCAAGGGUGUCCUCUGGCCCGGCAUGGCCAUCUUCGACUCGGCCACACCUGAAAUGCGUCGCAAGCGCAAUCAAAAGAAAGAUAGCUCUGUCGUCGAACAACUAGAGAUCAAUUCCCAAGAAGUAGAGCCUACUGAGCUCAUCUUCACCCCCACAGGCUCCUUCAAGCGCCAGCGAAGGAUUUCAAGCUCUGUAUACGAUGAUGAAGAGGAUGAGAUGGUCAAAGUGGAGAGCCCGACCCCCUCAUUGGCGCGACCGGCCCUCGCUGACCUGGACGUCAACGCGUCCCGACGGCAGCGGCCCGUUACUCGCGCCCAACCUUUCUACGCCGCUUGCAGCAGCUACGAGGACGAACACAGUCAAUCCGACCGCGCGAACAGCUACGGAGACCGUGCUCCCAAACGGAAACGGAGGUUUGAAGUCUUCCAAGACAAUGAGGUAUCAUUCGGCCAGCCCGCUCCAUUCCAGACUCUCACUGCUGGGUUCCAACACCAGGUGUCACCAACACCGGCUCCCACCGUACCUCUGUUCAAAAACUUCAAUCAAAAUCCAUUCCAGUUCGAACCCAGGAUUGAGAACAAAGAGAACAUGCCCCCUAUGCUCCACCAUGGAUCAGCAUACGAGCAUCACCACGCUCAUCAACCUGCCGCCUUCCACUACCAGGCCUUCACUUACGGGCUUGCCCCAGAGCAUCCCGCUAUUCAGUACCAAAAUCAGCUUUACAUGCCGAUGCAUGGCUAUCACCCAAGCCAGGAUGACGACGACAGUCGCACGAUUACGGCUCCUCCGUCUCCAUCCACAGCCUAGCCCACCCCGCCGUCCUGCGGCGGCCUUUAGAGCCACCCUCAUCAUCAUGCCACGAAAGGCGGCAUCCUCGUGGUUUCGAAUUGGUACGUUGAUAUUGUUCCAAGCACCCAACUGUCGACUCU